UUCAUUUUGUCUGAAGCUGGAUAGAAUUGAAAGCGAACCAAACACCAAAGCCACGGGCAUGAUGGCUAAGAAGCCCCCAAAACCAGCGCCCCGCAGGAUCUUCCAGGAGAGGUUAAAGAUCACUGCUCUACCCCUGUACUUUGAAGGGUUUUUAUUAGUCAAACGGUCUGAUUACCAGGAGUACAAACACUAUUGGACAGAGUUGAGAGGAACCACACUCUUCUUUUAUACCGACAAAAAAAGUACAAUAUAUGUUGGCAAGUUAGACAUAAUAGACCUUGUAUGCCUUACUGACCAAAAUUCACCUGAAAAGAGUUGUGCAAAAUUCACUCUUGUUUUGCCUAAAGAGGAAGUGCAACUGAAGACAGAAAACACAGAAAGUGGGGAAGAAUGGAGGGGCUUCAUUCUUACAGUAACAGAGUUGUCGGUUCCUCAACACGUAUCGCUUCUACCCGGGCAAGUGAUUAGACUACACGAAGUCUUAGAGAGAGAGAAGAAAAGAAGGCUUGAGACAGAACAGCCGCCAAUUAUACCUGCAGAGAAAGAGAAGGAGCCAGUACAAGAUGAUGUGGAUGCACCGAACCCUAUGCCAGCAUGUUUUUAUGCAGUUUCCCGGAAAGAAGCAACUGAGAUGCUGGAGAAGAAUCCUUCUUUGGGAAAUAUGAUCCUGAGACCUGGUAGUGACAGUAAAAACUUCUCCAUCACUAUCCGGCAGGAGAUAGAAAUGCCAAGAAUCAAGCACUACAAAGUGAUGAGCACUGGAAAGAACUACACCAUCGAACUGGAAAAGCCUGUAACACUGCCAAACCUUUUCAGCGUCAUUGAUUAUUUUGUGAAGGAAACUCGAGGGAAUUUGAGACCAUUUAUACAUUCAACUGAUGACAAUCUUGAUCAAGAGCCCAACAUAGAAGAAAGAAGUGAGAAGCUUAAGAAAAAUCCACACAAGGCAUGAAAUAACGUGGAAACUGCCUCCUUGAUAUUUAUUGUUUUCAAAAGGAAGAUUUUUCUCUUCUAAAAACCAUUAUCUCUAUUUCCUUGACCCUAGUCACUUGUUUGGGCACAAGAAUAAAACGAUGCACCAUAUAAUUUCAUUGUUUGAUCAGUAGGAGACCAAUUUACUGGUUACCACCAGCUGUCUGUAGAGUAACUUGAUUCAUGCAUUUCUCUAUAUUAAGUGGCAAAAAUUUGUUUUAUAAAGCCAGGUUUUUGUUCCUCCUUGGCUUCAAUGAAAUACAUUUCACAUAUACAAUUUGCAAUGCAGAUUAUCUAGUUCCCCUAAAUCCUACUUAUUUUCUAAACCUUAACUAGGUUUUUGGUAAAAUCUGAUUGGACCAGUUAAUCAAUUAUAAGUUAUUUAAUUGAUCUAGUUGGCGGUCACAGACAUGAAAUGAGCUAGAAAAUGCCCAUCUGGUAGAAAUACCCUAUGGUCGCAUAUUAUGUUCAUGGAAUUAAUGCAACUCUUUUUUAUGUUCUUCCUUGCCGAUAUCUUUCUACUAGUUCAAAACUCACCCAUAGCUCAUUACAGGAUGACAAAAUAAACACCACUGUUGCAAAUUUAAUACUAUGAUUACUGUGAUUCAUUUCUUUAAAAAUACAGAACCUUCAUCCAGACUAGGUAUCAUACUACUUUUUUUUUUUUUUGAGACAAUUUCUCUGUGUGGCCUUGGUUGUCCUGGAACUUGCUCCGUAGACCAGGCUAGCCUCAAACUCACAGACUUUAUGGUCAAAAAAUUCAAGAAUAAUGUAAUUCAGAAUGAAAUGGUAUGGUUUCUAGCUUAUUCGUGGUUCAAAUUAUUUGGGUAUUUAGUUUGUUUUUCUCACCUUAAAAAACAAAAACGCAAGCAGGCUAGAAUGGAUUAAGAUUCUCUUAGUUCCAAAAUAUUAUAAAGAUGUUAAGGAGAAAUUAGGACACAGAGCAAAGACUGUAUGAGACCCAGGGUGAAGAUGGACAUUUAUGUUGGCAAAAAGGAUCCCUUGGGGGAAAACAGAGCAAUCAGACAUUUAAAGACUUCCAGCCUCAACACUAUGAGAAAAUAUUUUUUUGUGCCUUAAGCCGUGUAUUUGUUAUGGAACUCCGGUAAACUAAUUAAAUGAGCGAUCUUCUAAGUCUCCCUUCCAGAAUUUCUGAGGUUUGCCUUUUUAGUAUAUGCCACAGGUAAUUACUACACACAAUAAAGUUUGAGAUUAUCUUAAAUUUCUGUGUAGGAAUAUAUGCAAAAUCAAGUAAAGCUAUCUUUUAAAUGGAGAGUUAGUGUUAAUGGGAAUUCUUAGAUCUGGGACAUAAAGUGAGUAAUAUUUAUAGAAAUCUGAUAAGGAACACAUAGCUCAUGCACCAAAUGAGGCUAAGAGACUGAUAGCUUUAACUUAACAUCUGAAACUGUUAAGUCAAUUAUUCCUCUAAGAAAAUACAGUGCUUAAAAUUGAAAAACUAUACUUUAAAAAAAGAUUUAUUUUAAUGUGCAUUGGUGUUUUGUCUGCAUGUAUGUCUGUGUGAGGGUGCCAGGUCCUCUAGAACUGGAGUCAUAGACAGUUGUGAGCUGCCAUAUAGGUGCUGGGAAUUGAACUUGGGUUCUCUGGAAGAGCAGCCCACGCUCUUAACUGCUGAGCCAUCUCUCCAGCCCAGAACAAAUACUUUUAAUGUGCUGAUAUGAAAAAGAUCAAAGAAUGUUAUAUAGGUAUAUAAAAACACAAGCAUUGACUAUUAUAGAAUUCAGACACUAAACAGAACUAAAUACAACAGAACUAAAAUAUGUAAAAGAAAUGUGUGAUAAAAUAUAAGUUGGAUAAACAAAGUUGAUCCCUGUAUGAUAAAGAACUCUAAAACUCACCACUGUAUGUUCAUGCAUUUGGCAGAUAAAGGAAAGAAUGACUAGUCCAGGGUCGGUGAAUUCUAGGCCUAGAAUCAUUUUAAAAGCUUGUUUACUCACAUGACAGAUACCUGAGGCUGUUGAUAGCCUCAUUGUUUACGUGGGCUACUCUGGUUUUCUUUACAAACUGGAUUCUGAGAGUAUGUUUCACAAGGGAAACAAUAUGCAACAGAAUGAGAGCAACCCAGGAAGGGUGCUUUGCCCCAACCAUGGUAGUCUUAAACAGGGCUGGGAGAGGCAACCUUCUACAUGAGUAUUUGCUUCUGGAAAUAUUGCUGUUUGGGGAAUAUACAGUCUGCCAAAAGGUAAUGAUUAAGGUUAGUUUUAUUUUGUGCAAAUAUACAGAAUUUAAUAUAGUAAAAAACACUAGUCAAGACAAAACAAGGCAUACCUUUAAGAAGACAGAAACCAUGAUUUAUUUUAAUAAAGAAUUUAACAUAAAAAUCAGUAAACACAUUUUGGGAGAAAUGGAAAUGUCCACAUAAAACACUACUAUAAGGAAGGUGCGAGCAUUAUAGAGCUGGGGAAGAGAUGCUCUGUGGGAGGGCAGAGGAAAAACUACAGCCUGCCACACAGUCACAGCUGCUGGAAGAGCAGUUGUCAGGGCAAGAUCAGUCAAUGCCUCCUGACCACCAAAUCCUAGCAACUGUAGUAUAUACUAGGCAAACAUCUAAAAUUUAGAACACAUAAAGGUUCAAAGUAGGUGGACAGAAGAAAUUAUUCCAUGAGAUUACUGACCAAAAAGAAACUGGAGAUGGCCAAAGAUAAAAGACUUUAAGGCACAAAGAGAUAAUUCACAUUGAUAAAAUACAAUUGAGCAGGAAAAUACAACAAACUAGAUUUACAGCCUCAGUCACUGUUCUAUUGCUGUGAAGACACACCAUGAUCAAAGCAACUUUUAUGAAAGGAAGCAUUUUAUUGGGGGCUUGCUUACAGUUUCAGAAGUUUAGUCUGUUAUCAUCAGGUGAGAAGAAUGGGGGCAGGCACGGCACUGGAUAAGUAGUUAAGAGUUUACAUUCUGAUCUGAAGGUACACACACACACACACACACACACACACACACACACACACACACACACACAGGGAAACUUCAACGCCCACCCCUAGUGCCACACUUCCUCCAACAUGGCCAAUCCUUCUAAUCCUUUCAAAUAGUUCCACUCCCUGGUGAGUAAGCAUUCAAAAAAUGGCCUGUGGGUGCCAUUCUUACUUAAACCACCACAUAUGAAUUUACUAAUAUUGCCUUAAGACAUAUAAAACAGAAACACACCCUGGGAGAAAAAAAACAAGUAAAUAGGUGAUUUUUAAUAUAACUCUUUUGGUAAUUCACAUUAUAGUUUAUUAAAAACACAUGAUAUAGAAAAUUUAAUAAUAUUAAAAGAUUUGAUAUCAUUGACAUGUACAGCACAUAGCCCCUAAUGACUACAGAAUGUAUCAGUUCCAAAUUGAUAAAAACUAUCAUAUUCUGGGCCACCAAGUGAGUCUCUAAUGAAUUUACAGAUUAAAAAGAAAUCUUUUAAAUUUUCAUUAGUUUUUUUAAUGUUAAAAGAGUGAAAAUUUAUUUUGCUCAUGGGUAUGGAUAUUGGAAGCCUAAAUGUACAGGACUGAAAAUUGUGUAGGACCCCUUCCUGGGUCUCAACCUGGCUGGGAAAAUCAUUUCAAGUCAGGUUCAUUUCCACCUUUGAAACCACUGGUGUUAUGUCUGAUCUCCUCUAACCUAAUCACCUUUCUAAGUCUCACCUAAAAAUAACAAUAGCAAGACUAUGUUCCAAACAUGCCUGCUCUUUAGGGACCCACUGAAAUAACACCAAAAAGUUGUGAGACAAAUGUGGGUUAGGUUGCAAUGAUCUUGGCUCAUUAGAAUUUUUUUUUAUGAGUUUUUAAAUCAUCAGUACUUUCCAAACAUAUGGGUCUUUUAAUAAUCUUUAUAUUCUGAGUUUUAGUUUAGCUGGACCUUGGUUAAGAAAAAAAUGACCUAAUUUUUAGGGCCAGUCAAGAGGUGAGGACCCUGGUAACUUCAAAUCACAUUUGGAAAUUUGAAGAGAUGAACUUUAAGGGUAAGGGCAGACAAUAAGAGAAUAGGAGAAUAGUAGUCUGAAAUUCUACUUUGAAUCACAUUAGAAGGGCUAGAAAAUCUGAGUGGCUGAAAUUCCAUCAAAGUGAUUUUAGGUUACUAGUCCCCAGGCAGAAGCAAAAACAAGUCUCUGAAGAAUGAAAACAUUUAUUCUAUUAAAUAAUUUAUGCAUGAUUUCAAGUAAAAUACUGGCAAGUAUUAAAAGGAUACUGGAUACAAAAAAGAACAGAAGAAAUGCAUCAGAUAACAGACUCAGAGGAAGGCAUUAGAUUCUGAAAUUAGGCAGACUAUGCUGUUUGGUUAGAGAUGGUUCAGUGGGUAAGGGUACUUGCUGCUCUUGAGAGGAACAGGGUCUGGUCCAUAGCAUCCAUUCUUGGGCAACUCACAAAUGCCUGUAACUCCAGAUCUAGGGGCUCUGAUGCCUUCUGGCCUCUACAGGCACCUGCAUACACAUGGUAUGCAUAUCAUAUACCGAUGAUAUGCACAAACACAGAAAGGUGUGCACCAUGUGUAGAAACACACACCACACAUAAAUGAGAAAUUAAGAUUCUUUUGGCAAGAAAAGUGAAAACUGCCGGAGUGACCAGUUUGCAAGUUUACAAAGAAAUCUGAGAAUGGAAAAUAGAAGGGCUAAGAAUAGCCAAGACAUAUUAACAGAAAAAAAAAACUAAGUUUGAAGGAUGAAUUUUGUCAAACAUAAAAAUAUUAUCAGCUACAGUGAUGGAGACAGUAAUUACCAUUAGGGCAGAAAAGGAAAGGAACAAAAGGCUCAUUAGGAGACACACACCUUUUCUAAUGCUACCUUGGCAGAACCAGGGAAGAAAGGAAAACACUUUACCUAAGUACCACUGGUAUAGUACUAGCCAUCAUGUUCAAAAUUAACUCCCUAUGACUUACAACUCAAGCCUGAAAGGCAAAACUAAAGUGCUGAGAAGACAACAGGGGGAUCUCAGAAGAUGCCCCAGGCUGGCAACGAGGUUUAAUUACGAAACAAAAGAUUGGUCCUACUAGGUAUCUCACGUUUAGCUACAGAACAGAAGAUAUUUAAAACGAUAUAGACAAUAAAGACCAUGAUUUAUAAAGAUCUUUCACGUACCAAGUGAGGAAAAGCAUUGCCAACACAAAAGGAAGAUAUGUAACAGAUGUGACAACACACUUUUCAAAAAAGAAAGUGGAAAUGGCUAUGUGAAAAAGGUGCCUAUUCCCUCCCCACCCCUGGCAAUAAGUGAGGAAACGGUCAAUGAAAUACAACUGCAUAUCCACCACGCUGUCAAAAUACAAAACAAAAACCAUCCAAACUGACCUCCAUGUGGAGAAAAUGGGCGUCAGAGCAAGGGGAUGGUGCAUGGGAAGGGUUGGAAGGAGGAAAUGGAAGGGGGAAAUGAUGUAAUUAUAUUUUAAUAUUUUAAUUUCAAAACUAAAAUAUUAAAAAAUAUCUACAACCAGGCAAUUUUGAUCCUACACAUCUUCCACCAUUUGCAACUGAGGAGAAACAAAAUAACAUUUAUUACAGAACUGUAAUUACCCUGAACUAAAUACAUCUUUAUCAUUCACAGUCAGUACAACGUAAAGUGGUAUAUUAAUGCAAAGGUAAACUAUUACAGCAAUGGUAAAUAAAAUAUGGCUACAACAUGGAUGAACCACAGUGAAUGAAAGACAUAAAUGAAUGCAGAAUGAUUCUUUACAUACAGUUCCAAAGCAGGCAGAACUAAACUGUUGUUUAGAUUUACACACAGAGGGGGUAACACCACAAGAACAAGGUAACAGUACAAAAAUAAAAAAUAAAAGACAGACAUAAUUACCAGGGGUUUAAGAUAUCUGUGACUGGGGAGGGAUUAGGAAGGUUUCUGAUAUCAAUGAUGUAUUUAUUAACUUCAACACUGGUUAGAUAAGCAAACAUUUUAAAACUAUUCCUUAAACUGUAUAUUCACAUUUUAUAUACUUUCAGCAUGCAUGUCUCAAUUCAAACAGGAAGCUUCUGGGGCUGGAGCGAUGGCUCAGUGGUUAAAAUAACUGGCUGCCCUUCCAGAGAACCUGGCCGGUCAUAACUGUCUGUAACUCGUCUCGGGGGAUCCGACGCCCUCUUCUGGCUUCAAGAGCACUGCACACAUGUGGUGCAUAGACAUACAUAAUCCACACCCACAAAACAGACAGACACGCUUUCCAGGUACAGCAAGAGAAAAGCAAACACAAAUUGCCUGCUGACGCUUCAUCUGACUCCCUAGAGCCAACCUUUCUGAUUUCUGGUUUUGAGCUGGGACUCAAACCCAGAGUCUCGUGUUUGCUAGCGAGUACUCUACUGUAGAGUUACAUACAGCCCCAACUAUGGCUCUAUUUUUGCACUCUGACACUGUCCUAACAAUGUGUGUGCCAUGAAAGAUAAACUAUAAAAAUAAUAUAGUUUUUAAUCAAGUUUUACUUCUGGAACAAUGUGUAAGGAACUUAAGACACAUAAUACAACUGAUUCAGAUUCUAUAAGGAAUUGACUUUUGAAACCCCAAACUAGGUUUUUCAUGGAGUGACUAUUUCUGCCUGUUUUUCUCAUAUCUUUUUGCUCUUGGGGAUUAAAGUUAGGGCUCAGAGCUUAUUAAGCACACUCUGUCCCUUUGACUAUAUGCCAAAACUAGUCUGCUUGCAAAGCAUAGAAAUCAGGAAACACGGACAUGGUACUAACCACAGAGUAAGAGGUAUAAUUAAAUUCUCUGCAAUGAACCACAGAACAUAGUUUAUGACAAUAUUCUAAAAUUUCUUGGACUGAUUUUUAGGAUGGAUGGAUAUAUGUAUAUAUGUAUCACUGAAUGGAGUAACACCAAAUUGCUUUUCUUUCUCUUUUUAGCUAUAUUUUAGUAACAAUAAUCUUAAGGUACAAAAUAAAACAAUGGAAAAAGUUGUCAUUAACUUCAUUGUGGCUUUCUAGCUUAGUAAUAUUUAGGACGAUAGUAAUAAUCAUCACCUACAGAAAAACAAAAUGAAAAAACAAAUGGCAAAAUGAUUGUAAAUUUAAUUGUAAAAGAAGCCUAAUCCCAGUUGAUUUUAUUUACUGAUGCACUCUACAAAGCACGGUUCUCAUUUACUUCCAAAGAGAUGCAGAGACUUAGGUAAACAAACCCAAGCUAUUGGUUCAUUUUUGAGGAUUGCUGGUUACCUAGAAAACACAUUACUACCAAAGAACAGAAGACAAAGUAAAAACUGGGAAAGGUGGCUUUUUUUUUU